AUGCCCCUUCCGGCCCCACCAGCGCAGCAAGCCUUCGUCGCGCCACCGCCGCAUCUCGUGGUCGCGUUCGACGCCGCGGCGGCGCCACCCCUGCAGCUGCCGCCACGUGACGACCCAGCUGCCGACCCGCCGCCGCCGGAGACGGAGGCCGGAGCCGCCGCGGCGGACGUCGACGGCGCUGACGCCGACGAGCGGCGCCUCCGCCGGAAGGCCUCCAACCGGGAGUCCGCGCGCCGGUCCCGCGCGCGCAAGCGGCGCCACCUCGACGAGCUCAGCGCGCUCGCCGAGCGCCUCCGGCGCUGCAACCGCGAGCUCGCGGCGCGCGGGCACGCCGCCCGCGGCCGCCUGGGCCUCGUCCGGCUCGCCAACGCGCGGCUCCGCGACGAGGCCGACGCCCUCGGCCGCCGGCUCGCGGCGGCGCGGCGCGCCGUCGCGCUCCGCCAGCUGAUGUACGCGGCGGCCGCCGGCGGCCUCGGGGUGGCGUUCGAGCAAACGUUCGCCUCGCUGAUCGCGUAG